AUGAAGUGGACACAGCUGGCUGUGAUCGUUUUUGUAGCAAUUCAACAAUCAUCAUGCACAAUUCAAGAACAUCAAAGGCCUUUAGUAGGCGUUGAGGAAAUAGAAUCUCCUCCUGGGAUGAAUGUCAAUCAAGAAAUCGAAGCAGAGCCAAUCCCUUAUUAUCCAAUGGAAGCCUUCAAAGCACAUCGUCACUUCUCUUCUCUAUACCAUGGUGGAGAACAUCCUAGCUAUAAGAAAAUGGCUAAGAUGAUUAGAAUUAAUGAUCAUCCUGAUGGCAUCAGAAUUGAGAUUGAUGAGGACUCUAAUCAAGAAGCACACUUAAUCAAACGUCAAGAUAGUCUCAAUGAACCUCUUGAGAAGAGAAGCAAAUUGAAAGGUGCUCUUUUGUUAGCAGGGGGAGCUGCUUUGGGUGCUUUGGGUAUGAAACAUCUCAGUAAACCAAGUGGCGGUGGACAAGCUGAUCCAAAUGCAGGUGUUCCUGCAAAGUAA